CGACUUUGCCCAAGUCGGCGGAUCUCAGAUUCCACGCACGCGUCUUUAUAUACGGCCUUUACGCUUCUCUUCCGUUUAUCAAAUUCUCUCUCCUCUCUCUCUCGCUCUCUGCGAAGCGAUUAGGGCUGAAGGUGCUACAUUAGGGUUCCUGGUUUUCGUUUUGUGGAAUCUUCGAUUUCGUUUGUUUCGCCCCUUAUAUCUUGCCUGGUCUUCUGAGAUUCCCUGCGUUGUUCGCUGAAUCGAAACUAGGGUUACGGAUUUCGUUUAGAAUUAAUCGGAGAAGGAAGAAAAAAAUGUCGGGAUAUUUCCCUGCGAGGAACUGGGCGAACGGUCAGAACUUGGUCGAAUCGACUAAGAUUGGAAGACUUAGAGUCGAUCCCAAAAAGGCACACCGGAAAGAGAAGGAGAAGAAGGAGAAAAGGAAAGAUAAGAAAGAAAGGCACGAGAAAUCCAGAAAAUGUCUGGAAAAGCUUGACAACAAUCUUGAACAACAAUAUCUUCCUUUCAAGAAGAUCCAAGACGAGUCCGAACAACGAGAGAAGAGUGGUUUGACAGAAGAACAUGAGCAACCUCAGAAUCUUUGUUAUCUAUCUGACGGGAGUCAGAGCAAUAACAAGAGGAAAAGACAGGAACCACCUGCAGUUGAUAGUCAUAUCAAAGGUUUGCCGUAUGACUUCAUGGACCAGAAAGUUGACGUGUUGUCAAAUUUGUUCGUUGGCUCAAUUUUUUAUCUUUCAGGUAAACCGCUACGAAUCCGGUUUGUCUUCAGAAAACCCAAAGAACCUGAGGCUGUGCCUCAAGAGGAACGAGUUUGCUCUCCUUCAGUAGCCCGAGACACCAAUGUGAGUUGUGUCCCGAGUGGAAAGACCUCUGAAGAGGAAGAGAAUCUGCCCUCGACUUCCCGAGGGGACGAGAGCAUUGCAAUUACCAUUGACACCAAACGGAAAAAACACAAGAGGAGCAAAGAAUCACGGUAUAAUGCAUUGUUUGAGGGAUGGGUUCCUCCUCCCCUUUGUCCUAGUGUGUUGGAUAUCGAUGAUGAAGAUCAAGAUUGGCUCUUUAGUAGUAAGAGGCAAGGACAAUCUACUGCUGAAACAGUAGAGACAGACAAAGACAUGACCAUGAACUUGGUUAGUUCGGGAGAUCCCCUUCGGCCUAAAGCUCAAUUUUUGUCUGAAGUGGGCAUCUAUGCUUUACCCUAUACGACCCCUUUUUGAUGUUCCAUUGCAUUGAUUCGUUGUUUUCCCGGCCUAUAGCGACAUAGCUCUGGUUAAAAUUGUACAGUUACAGAUCAAUACACAAUAUCGAUUUAUCCUCA